AUGCCUCGGAAUGCUGCUACUCAUGACAUUGAAUUAAAUGCGCCACCCACACCAUCAUCACUGACAUCAAGCACGAUAGAUCCUUUCAACGCUGAAGAGAAUGAAGAAAAUAAGAAGGAGAUCAAGUGCAAGGCUAUUUUCCUUUCAAUAUUUACAAUAUUUUUCAUGUUAUUGAUCAUACCACAAUUGAGUUUGUUUGUGUAUUUCUAUUUGACUGUGAAUAGUGAUCCUCGAUUAGCAAAUGAUCCAAAUGCUUUAGUCUUUAAACAUGCAAAUUGUUGUACUAUUGAGGAUUCCCGAGUAGAUUGUGUGAAAAGUUUGAAUGAAACUUUUUGUAAAUUUAAAAUUUCCUUUCCAUUAUUAUAUUUUGAUGAAGAAGCUGAUCCCGCAGACACUCGAGAGUGUGUUAUUUCUCCAAACACUACAUUUAGAACUUUGAUAGACAGCAAUUCUUUUAGUGUGAAAUCAGAAAUAUUUUUUAAAUAUGCAGAAUCUACUGUAAAUGGAAGCAAAAUUUACAAUGCUACAUGUUUCACAGAUAGGAAUGAAACUUUUGUGAGCGCUUUGCCAUUUUCAAGAUUGUAUAACAGCUAUUAUAUGGCGGCAAUUGCAAUGGGAAUACUCAUGUCAGGAUUUUGUAUUGCGAUAAUCAUUGGAUGGUUGGUAGUUCCUUUUAUCAACAUGAAACGAGAAGGUCCAAGAAGAAGGCGAAGGUCGUAG